AUGUCCGAUGUGCCCCCAGCAGCCAUGAACGUCGUCCUCCCGGAGCAAGUCCCACUGCCGUUGGAUGUCACCGAGGACAUCCUCAGCCGCCUCCCAGUGAAGACCCUCAAGCGCUUCCGCGCCGUCCAGAAAUCGUGGUGUUCUCUGAUAGACAGCGAGAACUUCGCGAAAGCGCACUUGCGUCGGUCACUGGACGCACGGCGCUCGAACCGGAAUCUCAUCAACGGCUUAAACGGCUUCUGCUGGAUGAGCCUGGCCGCGCUCGAGAAGGUGGAGUCCUUCGAGCCUGCAUUCAAGUACGAUGAAAAGGACGAGCACGCGAUUUCAAACUCCGUCAACGGCAUGGUUGUUGUGAUGAGGGAGCCGGCCCCUCCCGUGCUGUGGAACCCUUUCACGAGAGAGCACAAGGUCUUGCCCGCGUGCCCCCGCUAUUGUCAACCACCGGAAGAGCCUCAUAUCUGCAGAACCACGUACGGGUUCGGAUACGACCCAGUAAACGAUGACUACAAGGUCGUCAAGGAAUUGCAAUACAUGUUCAAGAGGCCCUUUCCGUUGUCGACGUCCGAGUACUCGAUUUACGGCUUGAGGUCGAAUUCCUGGAACAGGACCAGUACGCUCCAUAUUAACCGCCAUUGGCCCGCCCAUGUCGACGGGGUCCUUUACACGAUUGACCAGAUGUGGCCUGAUCCGCAUCCGUCUGAAGCGAAGUUAUAUGGUUUCAGCCUCGUACACGCGAAGGAGUUUAAGGUUGGGAUGCCCGAGGAGAUUGAAAGAGAGGGCUUUGUUACUGUUGAUGCGAUUGAGGGGCAGCUUUCUUUGGGCUGUUCACACGAGUCCCGGUUCGUGAUCUGGAUUAUGAAAUGCCCGGAAUUGUGGAUUCCGCUUGUCCAGCUGAAGAUCAAUCCCGAUGUUUUCGUGCGGCCGCUUGCUUUUGCAGAAAAUUGGAAUAAGCUCCUGCUCAACCUCAGUUGCAAGAGGCUCGUUGGGUGUGAGUUGAUGUCGAUGAAUGCCAAGGAUAUUGGUGUGCCUUUCGAGAUUGCUGUGCCUUUCAAUAGUGAUUGCCCUUUCAAGUUUCCCGACACUUACGAGAUUGAUGUGGAUUUUGAGUUUUCCCCUGAGAUUGCUGUGCCUUUCGAGAUUGCUGUGCCUUUCGAGAUUUCCCCUUCAUUUUGCCUGGAGACCCUUGUAUCACCUCACACCUGGGACAAGGAGAAGACUGGGCAGAAAAACUUGAUUGGGAAAAGUAAGAAGAAGAUGAAGAAAAUGAAGAAAAAGAAGAGGAAAAGUAAGAAGAAGAUGAAGAAAAUGAAGUAA